UUCAUAACUUAACCCAUUUGGGUGCCUGGAUUUACAUUUGACUACGAAACAACUGAGUUAUUUGUUAAAACUGUAUUUAGGCAUUAAUAAUGCUGCGUUAAUGUUUACCAAUAAUUAUAGCCUAUUAGCAACGUUUGCAACGAAAUUGUUUUGGUGACCAUAUACACAGAAGACUUUAGAUAAACAGAAGAUGCAAGUAGAUAAGGACAACUAAGUUUUGAUUUACAUAGUAUUAAAUGUAACUGAUGUUGAAUUAUUACUUUAACGUGAAAUCCACAUCUUCAGCAUAGUGAGGAAUAUGUACAGAGAUGAUUUUUCCCAGGCUAUCAGGACCAUGGACAGUGCAUCUUCGCGCGCCGCGCAAAACGCAAGCGAAUGCAAACAUGUGGAUUAAAACUAUGUAAUAGAUUUUUUAAAACAAUAAGUUAAAGAGGCAAUAUGCUAUUAAACCUUUUCAUUCAGCCAGCCUACAUAUUCGUAUCGCACUGGAGCCAUUAACCCCUAUUAAAAUCGGUCAAAAUAAAUGAAUCUUUAUCAAACGUCUACCAAGUUGUUACAAGUAGACAACUGAUCUAAAUAUAUUGUGUUGGUCGAAAACUAGAACAAGAAAACGAGGGCGACAAUUCAGUCGUAAAUAUUGCGUGCACAAAAGAGACACUUUAUAUAUCAUACAAUGCGUUAUUAAUAUAACCUCUUUUAAUCAAAAACGUACUACCGGCUAACUGUUAUCAUCACCCUUACACUGAAUUAAAUGUAUAGGCAGAUUAAACGCUGAUUUUCUCCAGAAGGAUUUCUAUCAAUACCCAUUCUUCUAUUCUCAUACAAGGAUAUAUUAGACAUUUGGAAACGCCACACGUGAGCUUAACAUUUCUGUCACAUUCAAACAAACCGAAGCGCGUGAAUUAAGUUUCAUUCGCACCUGAUCCACCUGUCAGUUCAGUGUCUCGUCUCAUAACUCAAUCCUGCGCUUUUAGGCUGCCACCUGGUGGCUCUUCAAAAUGACAGUCUAGCUAUUUGCCACGUGAGAGCAUCAUUGUUGACCCAAGGACAAAAUUCCAAUCAACCAAUCACAUUUGAUUUAAAUGUGACGUUUAGGCUUGCAACCAGAAUUAUACAGGACUGAGACUGGUUUAAGGUCAGUCUGGGUGAUGGCUAACAUGCUGGAAAUCAGGACGGAUGGAAACUCUCUGCUAAAGGCCGUGUGGCUUCGGCGAUUGCGCCUUACGAGGCUUUUGCUGGAGGGUGGAGCUUACAUCAACGAAAGCAAUGACCGCGGAGAGACGCCACUCAUGGUGGCAUGCAUGUCCAAACACUCUGACCCGCAGAGUGUCAGCAAGGCUAAGUUGGUCAAGUAUCUACUGGACAACAAAGCUGACCCUAAUAUUCAAGACAAAGCUGGAAGGACGGCCCUCAUGCAUGCUUGCAGCCAGAGGGCUGGGCAUGAAGUGGUGUCUCUUCUACUUUCCAAUGGAGCUGAUCCAAGCCUGGAAGAUCGUCAUGGAUCAUCUGCUCUAGUCUACGCUGUCAAUGGUGAUGAUAAAGAAUCACUAAAAGUUCUCCUUGAUGCUUGCAAAGCUAAAGGCAAGGAGGUCAUUAUCAUUACCACGGACAAAUCCCCAUCUGGAACCAAAACCACUAAACAGUACCUGAAUGUUCCUCCCUCGCCCGAGCUGGACGAGAGAAAUUCCCCAGCGCCGUGUGCCUCACCUUCGGAGAUAGAUCUCCAUGCGUCACCGUCUCCCAGCAAAGAGGAAGAGAAAGAUACUGUAUUUAAUUUUCAAACAAAGUUCAAGUCGACCUCAAACACAGCAUCAAAACUUUCCAAUGGACUUACAUCCCCCAGUAAGAAGCCCGUUAACCCCAAAAGGGCUCGUCUACCCCAGCUGAAGCGAUUACAGUCGGAGCCCUGGGGUCUGAUCGCCCCGUCUGUGUUGGCAGCAGCGAAUGAAGAGAACAAGAGAGCAAACUCUGAUGAAAACGUUGUUGCGGGUGUCAACGGCUUGAGUCUGUCCAAAAGAGGCUUUUUGUACAGGCAUAAUAGCGUAGAUGGAAAAGAUAUCCUGUUUCCAAUGAUGGGAGAUCAGGCAACGAAAAUCUCUCCCACUUCAACAUCAUCCAAAGCUUCAUACGAGAGAUCUCUAGCACAGCACCAGCCUCUGGGACGACGUAGCACUCUCCCCUCGGAGCAGGAGGUCUCCGGAGCAAACUUUGGACCACCUAGCCUUAGAGAUACAGUGCACCGGAGAAGACUGGGUAAUGAGCACUAUGACUCAGACUCCCAGCUAUACACAGAUUCCAGCUUGCUAGACUCUCCUAAGGCACCUAUGGAGAGAAGAAAGCUCAAUACAUCCCCUCUUGCAAUGCUUACAGGUUCGCGAGAGUCCUUGGACAGCAAUCCUAGUACCUCCUCCCCUGGCACAGGCAGAUGCAGAGCACCUGGUCUCUUGGAGCGGCGUGGCUCCGGAACGCUCUUGCUGGACUACAUAUCUCAGACGCGUCCGGGUCACCUGCCUCCACUGAAUGUCAACCCUAACCCUCCUAUUCCUGAUAUAGGAGCCAGCAGCAAGCCCUCGUCCCCACUUGCAGCAGGAAUCCGACCGAUAGCUCCAGUAGCACCAAACUCACCAAAGAGAGGCAACCUCAGGACGAAGAAAAAGCUUGUAAGAAGGCACUCUAUGCAAGUGGAACAGAUGAAGCAGCUUUCAAGUUUCGAAGAGCUCAACCACCAAUCAUGAAACUCAAUCUAUGAAGAUGUAGCAAAUUUAAGUUUUUAGAUUAUGUUGAUGCAUAGACAGGUGAAAACAAGUACCUAAUAAUAUUUAAAGGUAGUUAGCACUGAAUGUAGCCAUUUAGGGCAAAGGGAUAUUCUCUCAAUUAAUGUGGUACUUUGGAAAAAACACCAAUGCCUACACUUUAAAAAUGAAUUGUUGCACUUACAUUUUUUUUUUUAAGUUUAAUCAAUUUAAAAAUACUUUAUUGACUAGUGAUGAUGAGUUUUUAUAUCAUUUUAUUUAUUGUUUGAAAAUAAAUUGUAAAUUCAAGUUAAUUAAACUUAUAAAUUUAAGUGCAACAAGGAUUUUUUUUUACUGUGUAACAUAGAUAGAAAUUCGAUUUACAACACAGUCGCAAAAACACAACAAAAGGAUGUGCAAUUUUCCGUUCCACAACAAACGCAGGGUUUGUCAUGUUAAAGAGCAGGUGAGAGAGCGUGCUUUUAUUCUCUUGUGUACAAAGAUUGAAUUUGACAGCUCCUGUACAGCUAGUUCCAGGAGCAGAUCUUCUGUUGCAAACAAAUACAGAGAUAGAACUAACUGUAAUGUCUUCAAAGUCUAGACAUCUCUCUAUGAGAUUCAUUAAGGCGGACAGGAGAGUGAAUGUAAAACCAGACUGUCAAAGUGGAGCACAGAGGUCAGCAGAUCAUAGCCAUUAAAAGAGUAAAUUCCAUUGGCUCCUGAUUAAAAAACCUGGCGGUCUGCAGGCACAAGAAGUGUUGCUGGCACAGAUUAAUAACAUUUAAAAGCUAACAUCUAUU